AUGAAGGAGGAGAGGCCAAAUGGUCAUUUGGAUGUAGUUAAAUGGUUGCAUGAACACACAAAUCCAUCUUCAACACAUGUGUUCUUUGUCACACUCGAGGAGGCAUCAAAGAACGGCGACCUGACAAUGGUGAAGUGGCUUUGCGAAGUACGUGGCGAGCAGUCAUCGUGUGCUUCAGUUCUAGCAGCUAGCAAACGUCAUUUAGACAUGCUUGAGUGGCUAAGAGGUAACAAUUUUGAUCGGUAUCCCUUAGCGUCGAUGGAUGAUGCCGCAGCGAAUGGCCAUCUAAAUGUUUUAAAAUGGAUGCAAUUGAAUGCAGGCUAUGCUACGGUUGCGGCGAUGGAUAUGGCUGCAAGCAAUGGACACAUCACCGUUGUGGAGUGGUUGCACCAGAAAAGAAAGGAAGGAUGUACAACGUCAGCGAUGAACUCGGCUGCUGCUAAUGGACAUCUUGAAAUUGUCCAUAAUCGGAGCACCUGCGUCUAA